GCUGGACUGGAGGCUUACAGGACCUCAGAGCUGAAGGCCAGCGCAGGAGGCAGGCCAAGAAGAAAGAAGCAGAGUUCCUUGGGCUCCAAUCUACCCAUGAGUAAGAGCAAAUGCUCCGUGGGACCAAUAUCCUCUGUGGUGGCCCCGGCUAAAGAGUCCAAUGCCAUGGGCCCCAGAGAGGUGGAACUCAUCCUCGUCAAGGAGCAGAAUGGAGUGCAGCUGACCAACUCCACCCUCAUCAACCCACCACAGACACCAGUGGAAGCUCAGGAGCGGGAGACCUGGAGCAAGAAAAUUGAUUUCCUGCUCUCAGUCAUCGGCUUCGCUGUGGACCUCGCCAAUGUCUGGCGGUUCCCCUACCUGUGCUACAAAAAUGGUGGCGGUGCCUUCCUGGUGCCCUACCUGCUCUUCAUGGUUAUUGCCGGGAUGCCCCUCUUCUACAUGGAGCUGGCCCUCGGGCAGUUCAACAGAGAAGGAGCAGCUGGCGUCUGGAAGAUCUGCCCUAUCCUGAAAGGUGUGGGCUUCACGGUCAUCCUCAUUUCUUUCUACGUGGGCUUCUUCUACAACGUCAUCAUCGCGUGGGCUCUGCACUACUUCUUCUCCUCCUUCACCAUGGACCUCCCUUGGAUCCACUGCAACAACACCUGGAACAGCCCUAACUGCUCCGACGCCCACGCCAGCAACUCCAGUGAUGGCCUGGGCCUCAACGACACCUUCGGGACCACGCCUGCUGCUGAGUACUUUGAGCGUGGCGUGCUGCACCUCCACCAGAGCAGUGGUAUUGAUGACCUGGGCCCUCCACGGUGGCAGCUUACAGCCUGUCUGGUGCUGGUCAUUGUCUUGCUCUACUUCAGCCUGUGGAAGGGAGUGAAGACCUCAGGAAAGGUGGUGUGGAUUACAGCUACCAUGCCUUACGUGGUCCUCACUGCCCUGCUACUACGUGGAGUCACCCUCCCUGGAGCCCUGGAUGGCAUCAAAGCAUACCUCAGUGUGGACUUUUACCGACUCUGCGAGGCAUCUGUGUGGAUCGAUGCUGCCACCCAGGUGUGCUUCUCCCUGGGCAUUGGUUUUGGGGUGCUGAUUGCCUUCUCCAGUUACAAUAAGUUCACCAACAACUGCUAUAGAGAUGCAAUCAUCACCACAUCUAUUAACUCCCUGACAAGCUUCUCCUCUGGCUUCGUCGUCUUCUCCUUCCUGGGGUACAUGGCACAGAAGCACAAUGUGCCCAUCGGAGAUGUGGCCACAGAUGGACCUGGAUUGAUCUUCAUCAUCUACCCUGAAGCAAUUGCCACACUCCCACUGUCCUCGGCCUGGGCUGCUGUCUUCUUCCUCAUGCUGCUCACUCUGGGCAUUGACAGUGCGAUGGGGGGCAUGGAGUCUGUGAUCACUGGACUGGUUGACGAAUUCCAGCUACUGCAUCGGCACAGAGAGCUCUUCACUCUUGGCAUUGUCCUGGCCACCUUCCUGCUGUCUCUCUUCUGCGUCACCAACGGUGGCAUCUACGUCUUCACACUGCUGGACCAUUUCGCAGCUGGCACAUCCAUCCUCUUUGGGGUACUCAUUGAAGCCAUUGGGGUGGCCUGGUUCUACGGUGUCAAGCAAUUCAGUGACGACAUCAAGCAGAUGACAGGGCAGAGACCCAACCUGUACUGGCGGCUAUGCUGGAAGCUGGUCAGUCCCUGUUUCCUCCUGUAUGUGGUCGUGGUCAGUAUUGUGACCUUCAGACCCCCACACUAUGGAGACUACAUCUUCCCAGACUGGGCCAAUGCACUGGGCUGGAUCAUCGCCACAUCCUCAAUGGCUAUGGUGCCCAUUUAUGCCACCUAUAAGUUCUGCAGCCUGCCAGGGUCCUUCCGAGAGAAACUGGCCUAUGCCAUCACACCUGAGAAAGACCGCCAGCUAGUGGACAGAGGGGAGGUGCGCCAAUUCACGCUGCGCCACUGGCUGUUGGUGUAAAGUGGAAUGAGACAGAAGCCAAGUGGACCAUCGCACAACCGCAGGGACAGGGAGCUCACGAAAGGAAACCCAAACAUCAAGAAAGGAGCGCUGCUUCCACCCUUCCCCUUUGCUAUAUGGAAAAAUAAUCAAAGCACAGGCUUCAAUCUUUGACUGUUUACACCCAAUCCAUGCUACCAAAAAAAAGAGGCCUCUGUCUGUAUGUGGCUGUAAGAACACUCAUCUCUAUACAGUGAGGUCAACCAUGCCCCUGUCUCUGCUGGGUGGAAAACACCUGGAUGGUAUCCUGUCCCUGCAAGGCUGACUCCCCCAUGUGUGAUCACCGUGGGAGGAUGGGUCUUACUGUCCCCUGUACUCUAGGAGAGGGACCUUGGUACCUGUAUAUACACUGUGUCAGAAUCCUUGUGCUCACAAUAGCUGCCUAGAUCAUUUCUUUUGCUCAGAUUUACAAUGCCAAGUAUCCUGUUUUGUCUGCUGUGUAGAAGGUAGGAAAGACAGUCAAUACAUGCCAAGUGCUUCCCUGGUGCUUGGCUCUGAGCAGACACCAUGACCUUAGAGUCCUGUUCACACAGUACACACACACACACACACAGGGUCUGUUCUGAGCCUCGGAGGACAAGGAAUUUGGUGCAAGUAAUCAGAGAUUCUAUGUUUUUUUUUCCUUUGUAGCCGAGAUAAAUAGACAUGAAAUAAGGUUGAGAUACAGCCCCUACUUCUGGCCCCUGGGAGGCCUGCUCAGCUUGUGGUCACUUCAGUAUGGAAUUCUAGACCACAGAGAAAGUGUACUCCUUAUAGCCAGUGUGUCUCAACCCCUGGACACCUGCUCUGCACAGAGUCCCAAAGCAAAAGAUCAUAUUCUUGGCCUGGAGUUAUGCCUGAUCUUUGGGGAAAGAUACCCAUUGUUGGUUUUGAUUUCCCAGAGACUCCCAUUACAUCAAUGGACAUUAUCCACAUUAUAAAUGACUUUUUAAAAUCGUAUUUAUGUGUGAACCAAAAUUCAAGGUUAGUUUGUUCAAAUCUGCUGAUUUCCCUGUUUUUGUUCAUAAGAGUAAUUAGCAAUACCAUAGGAAGAAAGUAGACCAAGAACCACCUUCCCACAGAGUGCUGGCCUUAGCCCCUGGAGUGAAAAGUGGAUGUUAUGAUUUUCCUUUGAUAUAAUAAAUGUGAACUUUGGCCUGACCUGUAUCCUACAGAAAUGGUACCACAUGUCUGUCUGGGAGAGCUAAACUUAGGCGUUCUCUGCAAGUAGACACUGGUAUGAAGGACUUGAAUGUGCUACCAGGUGGAAAUUUGGGGCUAUUGACUUUAAGACUGCUGUGGCUGAGAAAGAUUGGGGUUACUAUCUCCUCUCUGAGG